AUGAGUUUAUCGGAGAAGGGCAAGUCGAAAUUGCUUCUCGCCGCCUACGCCGUUGCCAGCGAGGGUAACGACCUUGCGUAUUUCAAGAACCUUUUGGCGGACCACCAGCGUGCCAUAGAGCAGGAGGAGGAAGAGCGCGAAGCUCAGGCGGCCGCAAAGGCUGCUGCUAAGGCCGAGCGAGAGGCCAAGAAGAACAAGCGCAAGAGUAUGGAAAUCAUCGAUGAUGAGGAUGUGGAUAUGGAAGACGCAGGCGAGGGAGCGAAGAAGUCGAAAAGCUCCAAGAAGCGCAAGAAGGAUGCUGAAACCGAGGCUGAGGAGAAGGUGAGUUUGCCCAUGAAACUUGUCGAGCUUUUGCAUGUAGUCGAUGAACUGACUUUGGAUCGCUCUCAUCUAGCCCGCUAA